UAGACAAAUAUCACUUGCUGUGUCAUAGCACAUGGAUUUCAGGACCGCCUGCGAAGAGACAAAGACUGGGAUUUGUUUGCUGCAGGAUGGUAACCAGGAGCCUUUCAAAGUGCGACUGCACUUAGCCAAAGAUAUUUUGAUGAUCCAGGAGCAGGAUGUGAUCUGUGUGUCUGGUGAGCCUUUCUAUUCUGGUGAACGGACAGUAACAAUUAGAAGACAGACUGUAGGAGGAUUUGGAUUAAGUAUAAAGGGUGGAGCAGAACAUAAUAUUCCAGUGGUCAUUUCGAAGAUUUCCAAAGAACAAAGAGCUGAACUUUCAGGUUUGCUCUUUAUAGGAGAUGCAAUUCUGCAGAUUAAUGGAAUUAAUGUGAGAAAAUGCAGGCAUGAAGAAGUGGUUCAGGUCCUUCGCAAUGCGGGGGAAGAAGUGACCCUAACUGUGUCCUUUCUGAAAAGAGCACCUGCUUUUCUCAAACUGCCACUGAAUGAAGAUUGUGCAUGUGCCCCCAGUGACCAGAGCAGUGGCACUUCCUCUCCCCUAUGCGACAGUGGUUUGCAUCUCAACUACCAUCCCAACAACACGGAUACAUUAUCAUGUUCCUCAUGGCCAACAUCCCCAGGACUUAGAUGGGAAAAAAGGUGGUGUGAUCUCCGAUUAAUUCCACUUCUUCAUUCACGAUUUUCCCAGUACCUUCCAGGAUCAGAUUUGUGCAGGCAAUGUGCGUUCCAAGUAAUUGCUGUGGAUGGGGUUUGCAGUGGAAUAAUUCAGUGUCUCUCUGCUGAAGACUGUAUUGACUGGCUACAAGCAAUAGCAAGUAACAUUUCCAACCUCACAAAGCACAAUAUUAAAAAAAUCAACAGGAAUUUCCCCGUAAACCAGCAGAUAGUCUACAUGGGCUGGACGGAAGAACGGGAACAAGACUCCCUUCAGGAUCGAAUGUACACACCAAAGUUUCUAGCACUGAGGGGAUCUUCUCUGUAUAAGUUUAUGGCACCUCCAGUCACAACCUGGGAUUGGACACGAGCUGAGAAAACAUUUUCAGUCUAUGAGAUAAUGUGCAAAAUUUUCAAGGACAGUGAUCUACUGGACCGGCGGAAACAUUGUUUUGGUGUCCAGUCUGAAUCUGGAGAAGAUCUUUACUUUUCCGUGGAAUUAGAGUCUGACCUAGCACUAUGGGAAAAAGCAUUCCAGACAGCAACUUUUUUAGAAGUUGAACGGAUACAGUGCAAGACGUAUGCCUGCGUUUUGGAGAGCCAUCUUAUGGGACUUACCAUUGACUUUAGCACAGGCUUUGUCUGUUUUGAUGCUGCCACAAAGGCUGUACUUUGGAGGUACAAAUUUUCCCAGCUCAAAGGUUCUUCAGAUGAUGGGAAGAGCAAAAUCAAAUUCCUUUUCCAAAACACAGAUACUAAACAAAUUGAAGCAAAGGAGCUGGAGUUUUCCAACCUGUUUGCAGUCCUUCAUUGUAUCCAUUCAUUCUUUGCAGCCAAAGUGGCUUGUUUGGACCCUUUGUACGUAGGCAGUCAAGCCACAGCUUCUGCUGCUCCCACAACUUCUGGUACUAGCAAAUUAAAGUAUACAACUUGAUAUCUCACAUUACAGCACUGCCAUUUAUCAAAAAGACUUAAUGUAUAGAUAUUCGUAAGAUAAAACUUUGGUGAACCAUUUACAUGGAAACCUAUCCUGGAGACAAGACAUCUUGCAGCAUCAGCAGAUGGAUGGUCACGUGGGAUCAUAAACUCAUCUCUGUUCUGCAAGACACCAGUAAAUAAUCCUCGCAGAAUCCCCAGAAUAGGAUGGAUAUGCUUUUAGUAUGAUCUAUUUGUACUUAUUUAGUGCUUUAACCAACACUGGAAGCAAAGGAAUAAAUGAUGCAAAGAGGCACUUCAGUAUUUAAUAAAAUUUUCAAGUUGCUGUAAUAACACACAAAGAGAAUUGUCAUUUUCCUGUUUUCAGAUGUUUUUAUGACAAUAUGCUAAACUCUGAGUAUGAACUUAAUACCCAAUGAUUAUAUUAGAAAUGACUUAAGAGCAAGCAACAAGUAUUUAGUACAUGAUGAUGAGGAGAUGAGCAUGAGAAGACAUUUGUGUAAGUAUCUCUUCAAAUGAGAAAGCACUUUAAGCACUGUUGUAAUCCAUACUUCCUUCCAUACAUGGAGUCAUGCUACUUCUUCUGUUUUGUUCUUUUAUUUUAACAUUAGCAGCAAAGAUAUAGCCAUAUUGACUGACACAGUGCAAGACAAAAACAAAAACCCCGCAACACCACUUCCAUGAGUAAGUUCCUCCUUUUCAAUUAAAAAUAUGUAAUAUUAAUUAUAAUGAAAAGUGAAAUUUUGUAAAAUAGCAUUUCUGCUAUUUACUUCCUCAAUUUUUUAGAGAACUAAGUUCUGUAAACCCGAUAGUCUUUGCUCAUAUGACUUUGAUGUUGAAUUUGCUUCAGACACAAUCCACCUAAUGCAUUGUUUCUGUGAUUAACCUUGAUUUAACAUCAUAAAAAGAACCUCUGUUCCACUCAAGCUCUCAAUAAAAUAGACAUUCGACAUUAUUCUUGAAAAAUGAGUCCAUCCACUGAAUUUGUAGUGAUUUCUUUUUUUAUAUUAUUAGUAAAAGGCAGGAAUAAAAUAAAUAGCCUUUAAUGAUAGAAGAGAUGACAGAAUACAUAAUGUCUUUGUAUAUUAAAAAAUAUUUCAUCACCCAUGAGCCUAACAGAAAUAGUAGUUCCAGGGCCUCAUUUAAUGAUCAAAUCUGAAAGAAUUGCACAUUUAUAACUAAUAACUUAUUAAAAAUAUAGUUUUGAAAAAUAAUUUAAUGUUGUGCUACUACACAUCAAUGAAAAUGGCAAAAUGAUGGGGGUGUGUGUAGGUUAUAGCUGAAAGAGCAAAUAAGGUGAGGUGUUUUGGGUUUUUUUUGCCAGACAUGACAAUGCACAGUUAAUUAUAAUGUGCACAGUUGGUGCACAUUCAGAAUGUGUAGAAUAUUUUAAAUGAUGCUUUCUGGGGUUUCUAAUCAUAAUCAUGAAAUCUACACUUCCUUUUUUUUCCCAUUUCUUAUAAAAGCACAUCUAAGGUAAGAGUUAAGGGUACAAUUUCUCUUGUGCAACUGGAAGGCAAACUAUUUCACAUCCAUUUUUGCAAAUUAAAAGAAGGAAAAUUCAUAAUUGAAGCCAGAGGAAAGCUUUUUUGUAAUGGGAACAAUUCAAAUGUAAAGUGGGGACAAAAGAUAAAGUAACUGUAGGGACAAAUCAUGCAUCUGUCUUUUUGCUUUGCAGUAAAAGUAUUUGGAUUUAUCUGUGUUAGAAAGUGUCCUUGCAAAAUGGGGACUGGAAGUACAGUUGAUUCUAGCUCAAAACAAUCUGAAAACACGUUUUCUGGGAACUCUUUAUCAUUGUCACAGGACUGCCAGUAUGUUCUUCUUAGUAGACCUCCAAGAGUUACAGCAUUAAAGAUUUCAUAAGCAUGUUCCACAUUUAUUUUCCACGCUAAAUACAAUGCUAAAUACAAUGGAAUUGUGUCCAUUUAGUCCAAUGAUUAAAUAUUUUAAGAAGUGCCAUCAAAAUCCAGCAUUUUUAUACUCAUUAUCCUGUUUACAUGAAUCUUCCCUAAGUAGGGGGGUUAGAUCCUAGUCUCUCCAUGACAUGUGAAACUGCCGUGGCUAUUGAGUUUAUUCCUGAGAGAUUACAGGCCCCAAAUGUUUUGAAUGCCAAACUGCAACUUCCUGAGAAAUUUGCUGAUGGUAACUCAGAUGCUCUCCUUGUCAAAAAGGCAUGUACUGGAAAGACAGUUUUGACAGACUACUGGCAAUGCUGAAGCUUUGUAUCCGUUAAUGACAGUUCUCCUCUGUGCUCCCAAAUCAUCUUAUUCUGAUGAGCAUUGCAUUCAGCCACCGAGUAUUGGCAUGUGAAUGCCUCUGUAAGUGCUCUGGUGGUAAUAGAAAAAUCUAAAAUUAAUUAGCCGCCAGUUGAAUGUUUUCCCUUCAGCUAGCUCAGAUGAUGUGCAUAAUUGCACCAUUGAAACCAAGAGUUAUUUAAGGGACAUUGUUUAAUAUGGUUAAGUGAGCAUAACAUUUAUCUGAAACAGCUGAAAGUAUACUAUUGCAAAUUGCUGUAGAUUAAGGGUCGCCGUGAUUUGAAAUAAAUUAUUAAAUAAAUAAAUAAAAGUUGCUCCUUGUGUGGAACUGGUUUCGUGCCAUCACUUUUGGGGCCUGGACUCUACCAGAGUAUUCUAGAGAACUCUCACAUAUUUUGUUUAUAGAAAUGCUGUAUUCAUCAAUGAGAAUUUUUUAACUGGGCAUUUAAUACACAGUAUUUAAGAGGCAAACAAUGAAAAAACCCUGCAAUUUUUGUGUUUGUGUUUUCAAACCCCAUAUUUCAAAGAGCUGAACUUCUGGGGCUUAAUCAAUACUUUUACUUUCAAGAAAAUAGAGGUGACCUUGGGAGAAUAUAGAAUGCUAUGGCUGUGACUACAGGCCAGUGCUGGUUUGCAAAUGUGAGAUUCUGGGGGCCUUUGCACUGACCUCAGAUUAUUCAGAGGUGUCUGCAACCAGGCUUGCCCUCUCAGAGCAAGUAGAACAGAAACUCAGCCUUGAACCAAAGAAGGAAAAUUUUAAACUCUGUGUCAUAACUGAUCAGAAAACAGCAAAGUAUAAUUUUAGUGGCUAUGUUGUUUUUUUUUUAUAAACGUAUAUACAAGCAGAAGAUUCCAAAUUAAAGCAUAGUUAACUUCAUAUGCGUAUGUCAAAAACCAACCUUUAUGUUGCAAGCUGUCAUUUAACAUUUAAAAUACAAUGAAUGCAAAUAUUUUGUAAAAGUCAACAUGGCCCACUGAUUACAAAGAAAAACAGAAAAUUAUAAUGAACUGUCAGCUCUUACUAAAAAUCUGUAUGCAAAUUAAAGCAAAUACUGAAAAAAUACCUACAAGACAACACAGCAAACCUAAACCCCACAAAGUAAAAUGUAAUUUUUCUUUAUGACAUUAUAUUCUUAAAUAAGUUAAAUUAAAAAUUAUAUAUCUUAGUACUGUGCCUAUUGAAGUGAUGUUAUAUAGCAUACCAAAAACAUACACUCCUAUGUAUCACAAAAUGUAUUUGAUUUAAUUUUCCUUGUUUUAUGAUGAAAAUUUUAGAUAACCUAACCUCCACAGAACUAACCGUAUGCUAGGUUAUAGUGUUAUCAUAAUUUUGUUAUGAAUGUGUUGCAGAUUGUAGACACGUUAUUCUAGAUGUCAUCAGUGAAUGAAUAUGGUUCAUUUCCUAUAUCUGUUUAAAAACAGAAUUCCAGAAGGCACUUUUGAAAUAAAGAACAGGCUAUUUUAAAAUAUUGGUCAUUUUAUUUUGUCAGUUAAGUGCAGCAAGAAGUUUGUAAAUUGUAAGCCCGUUAAUUUUGAGAACAAACAAUUAGACGUUUUGGCUGUUUAAACUAAAAAUCAUAAAAAUGUAAAAUAAUAAUAUACAGUAUCAAUAUACUUUGAAAUGAGAUUCCUGAAACAUUUUGUUUUCCAACUUAGUUCUUGAUCCCACAAAAAAUGUAUUUACUUUAUGUGCUCUGACAUUAUCAGAAUAUCUCACAGUGCACAGUGAAACAUGAGUAAGUUGUGGUUACUGCAGCUUAUUACUUUAAAUAUGAUUUCAAUUACACAAUGCCUUAAGAUGUUUCUUACAUCAAGAGAAAUAUUAAAAAGGCUGAAGAUCUCAUGAAUGUACAAUUGCUGCCCUUAAAAAUUCAGCAGCUUUGGUAUAUAUUGUUGUCUAAGUACACUCUAGUAUUCCCUAUGCCAAAAAGAAACAAUUUUCAUUCUGAUAUAGCAAUGCCAAGUCAAAUGUAAAUGUAUUAAUAUUAACCACUCAUCUAUGUACUGCACUUUUAAUUCCCUUACAGAAUCUAGUUGCUGAGAAAGUGUUUUGUCUGGAAAAAAAAAUAAAGCUGAUUGUAACAUGUUAAUCUUUGGGCAAUUUAAAAUGUUCAAAUUUGGGUACAUGAAGCACUCACCCAAGCUCUUUAAAUUUAAAUACCUGUCUUAGACACCUAGGAUAAGACUUGAGGCUCUCAAAACGGCAGGGCAGGGCCCUUUUGAGGUAGGACCAUGACUUAGCAGCUCUUAAGGUAUGUGUCUCCCUAGUUAUGGUAGAGGUGCUGCCACUAUUGUGGUUUCACUUGUAUUAGGAAUGUGCUUUUGAAGCCAGAUUCCUGUGCUCUGCCUGUUACUGUGUUGUUCUUUAUUUGCCAGAGCUGUCUUUAAGCACAUGAACUGGGAUUUUAGGCUGAAACGGAGGUGUGACCAGUGUCACACCUAAUAGUUCCAACUCCUAAUGGGAAUUCAGCUAAUUCUAUCUAAAGCAAGACCAAAACCAGAAUCCCUCUGAAAUGCUAUGGCUGCAGGGUCCUGCUGAGAGCCCUUUCUGCACAGCAGGUGAUGCUCACGUACUGUGGGUUCUGGAAGAACCUCCUUCACUUAUAGAAGGUGGCUGACGGAUGUUCAAGGCAGGUUAGUCUGCACUGCCCUUUUCCCUCACUCCAAAGGGAAACAUUUAAGGUUCCAUCAUGCUGGUCUGCCCUCUCCCUGCUUCAUCUCUCUGCCCGUCUGUCACAAAUACAUACUUUAAAAUUCACUCAGAGGGCUCCAAGAACACUGCCCUGUCCCCUUUGCCCUAUUCAGAUAGCAAAGCUAUCUAUAGCACUCACUCAGCUAAGAAAGGGAGCCUCUAAACCUGUAACACAGGGGACAGUGUUCAAGCAUUAUGGCAAGGGCAUCCAUGUAUCAGAAGAGUGUUGCAAUCUGUGAUCAACAUUCAGAAUAAAUUGAGUAAAGUCAUCUUUGAGCUUAAGCGCUUUCUUGCCUAAGAGGUCUUAAGUGUAAUUUUAGUAUUUUUCCCAGAAUAAGGUCUGUAAUGUCAACAAACUUCUACUUGCUUGGCUCCAUUUUCCCAUUGUCAGGAAUUUUAGUGAGGAUAGCAAUUCAUGUUCUGUUGGAAUCAGAUGGAAAAUCAUAGGGAUACUGAAAUAAGAAAUUUCUAUCUGGAUUCUGUGUAUUAUUACAGUACAUUACAUACUCUGUUAAAAUAUGUUGAACAAUGUAAAAUUAAAUGCAUUCAUUUAGCUAACCUCGUCAGUUUUCAUUGCUAUGAUAGACACACCUCCCAAUUUCAACAACUUUCACUAUGAGAAUCUCAAUUAUAUAUUACAGAAAUGGGUUUAUUAUUGAGUAUAUACUAAUAUAUAAUGCAUAGUGUGUGUGUAUUUGUGUGUGUGUAUAUUAGUAUAUACUAAUGAAAAAUAUUCAGUACAUAUUAAAGAAAGUUCCAUAUUAGGCACAAUUAUAAAACAGAACCAUAAAUCCACGAAGCUUUACAUUAAAAAUCUUAAUCUUAUAAUACUAUAAAGGAAAAUAUGUAUAUUAGUUGAAGAAAUGGCUAUUUUUGCAGGACAUGAACAAUCUGGAUAUAUGAUAAUAAAUUAAUGAACAUUAACUGAUUUACUAUUUCAUACCUCCAGGAAUUUUGAUUUUUUAAUUAUUCUUAUCCUUAAGAAUAUUUGCAAUAUAUGUCAUAAGUUUUAAUUUGUUAUGGGUAAAAAUGACUGAAAAAUGUAAUAGAAAGUGCUAUAUAUUUUAUAAAUAUUAAAAAUUGAAGAAAAAUAUUCAAUUUAUUUAUUUCGUUUUCAGUUACUUUUUUUUGUGGUUGUUUGUAAUAUGUAUUUGUGACAAACAUC